AUAAUAUAUGUAAUUGCUAGAAUUAGAGUAUCAAUUAAUGAGACACCGAAAAUAAAUAACCUAUUCCCUUAACAAUGGAGGCACAGCUGUUCUAUUUCAUUACAGCUCAAAAAAAAAAUAUUUCCUCAAUUAUUUUUUAUCUGAAAUGUGUGAUCAGGUUCAAAUCGGAAAAUCAAUUCCAUCAAUGGAAGAUGCCUACAAGUUCUUGAAUCUCUCACCCAACUCGGAUGGCUCACUCACAAGGCUGAACCAGGUUCCAACCCUACCCGCUUCUCCAGAGUCCGACCCGGAUGAUGACAGCCCCACCGUCGCUCUCUCCAGAGACGUGCAACUCAACCCUGCUAACAACACCUUCAUCCGCAUCUUCCGCCCCCGGAGCAUUCCUCCGGGGACCAAGCUGCCGCUCGUCGUUUAUUUCCACGGCGGCGGAUUUGUGCUGUUGAGCGCCACGUCCUUCUUUUUCCACCAGUCGUGCAAUUCUAUGGCGGCGCGGUUCCCCGCCCUGAUUGCCUCCGUCGAGUACCGGCUGGCGCCGGAGCACCGCCUCCCGGCGGCGUACGACGACGCGAUGGACGCCGUCGCGUGGGUUAAGGCACAAGCGUCGGGCGGCGAUCCCUGGGUGGAGGAGUACGCCGAUUUUUCUAGGGUUUUCCUGAUGGGCAGCAGCGCCGGUGGAAACAUGGUGUACCGCGCCGCCCUACGGGCGCUGGAUCUGGAUAUCCGACCCGCGAAAAUCGCGGGGCUGAUAAUGAACCAGCCGUUCUUCGGCGGGGUGCGGCGGACCGAAUCGGAGCUCAAACACCUCGACGAUAAGGUGUGCCCCUUGCAUGCGGCGGAUCUCCUGUGGUCGCUGGCGUUGCCGGAGGGCGCCGAUCGAGGGCACGAGUACUGCGAUGCGUCGGCAGCCGGCGGGGAGAAGAUCGGACGGCUGCCGGCGAGUGUGGUGAGAGGGUACUCCGGCGACCCGUUGGUCGACAGGCAGAAAGAAUUCGCCAAGAUGCUGGAGACACGUGGUGUGCACGUGGUAAAGCAGUUCAUUGACGGCGGUCAUCACGGCGUUGAGAUUUUUGAUCCGAAAUUUGCUGAUGCUCUCUAUGAUGAUAUCACAUUUUUUUUCUUUUUCCCCCCCUUGGAAAAAAACGGGCUUUUUUUUUUUUUAAAUCACAAAAAUUACACAUUGAGAAAAGGAGAGAACUUAGUACGUACCAAUAUGAAGCUAUGA